AUGCAAAAAAUCCUUAUCCUCUUAAUCGGAACUGUCGCUCUCACCAGCGCUAGAUUCAGCCUCAAGGCCUUCGUUGCCAACAAAAUCAUCAAGACCUCCCCAGUUAUCAGUCUCAUGCAUGAUAAUGCCUAAUACUAUAACCAUACACAACAACAUGAGGACACCUAUCACAUUCACUAUGAUGCCCAAGAUCUUAAGAACAUGCCCCAAGACGGUUUCCAAUUCACUGAGGGUCUCCUUGGAGGACUCCUCUAAACUGAUAUGAGCGCUAUGGAUUAAUGCCAAUCUGGUGCCUUCAACAUUUUUGACAAGCUCAAUUCAGCCAUCCAUGACUUCUCUCAAAAGUCACUCUCAGGAGUCAUUGAAGGCUGUGAAGAUCUCUACGCUGCCAUUAAGGACUUACCAACUGAACUCCAAACCUGUGAGCAAAUCAAGGACCAACUUGUCCUCCUUGAAGCAUGGAUCAAGAAAUUCGAACACCCCAUCGACAUGUCACUUACCAUUUCCAAGAACUUCUUCUGGAACGCAGGUGCCGUAUACGGUGAUAUUGAAAGUGGAAUGAGUUCAUGGAACACCUAACAAUUCAAAGCAUCAGGUCAAAAAUUCGGAGAGACCCUCUAUGUUCUCACUAAAUGA